GAACUGCAAUACUAUUCCUCUUGCUGGAGACAGCUGAGAUCUGGAAAGGUAAUGGGGAUGGACUUGUGAAGCUAUGUUUAGAAUCUCCUCUGUCCUCGAUGCCUUAAAGAGAAGAGUGAGCACAGACCAACAACAUAAGGCAGACGAAAGGAAGUGUAAUCCGACUUCUCAAAUAAAAGACAAAGCAGAGGAAACACUUUGACAAAGAACACAAUUGGGUCUUUCACUCUUUAAAGAACCAAAAAUAGAUAUGGCCACAGCCGCCAGUGUUCUGUCGAAGGAGCAGCUCCUUUGCCCCAUCUGUCUGGAUGUGUUUAACCAGCCGGUCUCCACUCCGUGCGGGCACAACCUCUGUCGUGACUGCAUCCAGAGAUACUGGCAGAGCACCAAUCUGCCACAAUGCCCUAUGUGUAAACAUAAGCUGUACAAGAGGCCCGACCUCAAAGUCAACACCUUCAUAUCAGAGGUGGCUGCUCAAUUUAAAGAGCAUGGGGAAAUGAAGUAUAAAGAUGAGAUUGGUAGUACGGCCCAGCUCAGCUUUAAGGGAGACGUCGCUUGUGAUGUCUGCAUUGAUAAACGGGUAAAAGCUUUGAAAUCCUGUUUGGAUUGUUUGGCUUCAUUCUGCCAGAUUCAUCUGGAGCCCCAUCUUGUUCUAGACACCCUCAAGAAACACACUUUUAUCAACCCUGUGAUGAACAUGCAGGACAGACUGUGUAAAGAGCACAAGAGCCUCCUGAACCUGUUCUGCCACACUGACCAGAUGUACGUGUGCCAGGCCUGUGUUGCGAAAGACCACAAGGCACAUCAAACAGUUCCUAUAGAUCAUGAAAGCAGAGAGAGGAGAGAUAUGAUUGCGAGCAUGAACGCGGAAGUGCAAGAAGGAAUCCACAGCCGGCUGCAGAAAAUGUGCGAGAUCGGUCAAGCUGUUCAGCUCAGUAAAAGAAAUGCAGAAAAGGAGGUUGAAGAGAGUUUGCAAGUCUUCAACAAACUAAUGCAAGUUGUUCAGACUGGCCAAACAGAGGUGGUUGAGGCAAUCUCAGCAAAGCAGAGGUGUGUCACAAGCAAGACUACUGGUAUUAUGAUGGAGCUUGAGCAAGAGAUUGAUCAGCUUACAAACAAAAGCAUAGAUUUGGAGCUGCUCUCUCAGACGACUGAUGAUCUCUACCUUCUCCACAGUUUUCCAGCUUUCUCGACUAAACCAAACGUCAAAGACUGGUCUGAGGUUUGUGUGCAAAGUGCACUUUAUGUGGGGAUGGUUAGGAGAGCACUCAGGAAAACUGCAAACCAGCUUGAGGAGACCAUAAAGGCAGAGGUAAAGAGACUUUGUGAGGUUGAAUUCAAGCGGGUCAAAGCAUGUGCUGUUGAUGUGACUUUGGAUCCAGACACGGCUCACCCUAAAUUGGUGCUUUCUGAAGACAGGAAGCAGGUGUAUCACAGCGAUGUGGCCGUAAACCUCCCUGACAAUCCAAAGAGAUUUUACCCUUGUGUUAGCGUCCUGGGAAAGGAGGGGUUUUCCUUCGGAAGGUUCUACUACGAGGUCCGGGUGAAAGGAAAGACUGAAUGGGAUAUCGGAGUAGGACUGGAGUCAGUCAAUAGAAAAGGUGGGAAUUUGCUAAACCCUCAACGAGGCUACUGGACCCUGGGGAUGAGGCAGGAUGGGAGCUACUGGGCACUCAGUAGCCCUCCUGUCCGAGUGCCACUAGUGGAAAAGCCCCAAACAGUUGGGGUGUAUGUGGACAUGGAGGGGGGGCAGGUUUCCUUUUACAACUCUGACUCUCAUUCCCAUGUUUACACAUACAUCGGAUACACUUUCACUGAGAGACUUUUCCCCUACUUCAACCCUCGAAGGAAUCACAGUGGGGUCAACUUGGCACCUCUUAUUAUCUUGCCUUUGACCACCUAAAUUGCUCAAUACUUUUAUGUUUUAUGAUGUUUCAAAUUUUUCAAUAAACCUAAUACCAUUUGAUGAUUUGCAGUUUAUGAUCCUGUUUUGUAACCCUUGAUGAUUAUUUCCCUGCAAUAAAAAUCAGACUUUUAAUAUGAAUCCGUGUUUGGUUUUAAUUUUUGCAUCAUGGAUUGAAGAAACUUGGGAUCUGGGACACAUAUAAGCAUGCCAUAAUGACAGGAGCAGGAGGUUCAUGGGAUUUU